GGUGUUUCUUUCUUAAACUGACACAGUUAACUAUCAGUCAAAGAUUCACACCGUUCAGUUUUGGGAGCAGCCUGCAGUGUGCCACACAGAAAUUCUGGGUUGGCAAGGGCCCUUGAAAUGACAUCAUUUAGGAGUUUCUAAUCUUCUUUAUUAUAUAUAAUAUUAUACACAUAUCAGGUAAAAGGGGUAGAAGAGACGGGGGUGGAAAUUGAAGACAUCUAUGGCAUUUUUGCAGCGGUCCGUGAAGCACAUAAAACUCAAGUUUAUAAAAAUAAUGGAACCAGUGCAAUACUCUGAUUUUACAGAUCAGAGAAAGGGUACUCGAUCAUGACAAAUGGUUUGUUCAAGGUCACACUCGUGGCAAAGCGGGAAAGGACUCAGAUUUGACUUCAUCCUCUCCUCUUGGAUUCAGUCUCCGAGUAUGCCAUUGAGGCAACCCACGCGCCUUCAGCAAGCGUCUAAAAUCCCAGUAACCAAGAUGCAACGUGAGAAUAUUUGGAAGCAGCCUAGAGAGACCGGGACGGCAUUUCCGGGAAGAUGGCGGCGCACAUGUCAGGUGUGGCACAUGCUUCCGCGGAGAGGACUCCGCAGUGACGGACAACAUUCUUUCCUUCCCUGGUGAGAUCCUGAGAAACAGCCUCUUCACCCACCAUGAGUGUUACCCCAGAGGUCAAGAGUCGAGGAAUGAAGUUUGCUGAGGAGCAGCUGCUAAAGCAUGGAUGGACUCAAGGCAAAGGGCUGGGCCGGAAGGAGAAUGGCAUCACGCAGCCCCUCAAGGUGACACUGAAGCAGGACACUCAUGGGGUGGGACACGAUCCUGCCAAAGAGUUUACAAACCACUGGUGGAAUGAGCUCUUCAACAAGACUGCAGCUAACCUGGUGGUGGAAACUGGGCAGGAUGGAGUACAGAUCAGGCGCCUUUCUAAGGAGACCACCCAGCAUAAUCACCCCAAGCCCAACUUGCUGUAUCAGAAGUUUGUGAAGACAGCCACGCUGACUUCAGGUGAAGAGAAGCCUGACAGAAACUUGGAGAGCUGCAGUGAUGACAGGCAGGAGCCCAUGCCUCCAGAGAGUCUGACCGAUGAGAUGCUGCUCCAGGCCUGUGAGGGCCGAACAGCACACAAGAUGAAGCUCAGGCCCAUCUCCCUAAGCACCAAUGCUGACUGGGACCUCGUCCAUUUCAGGGCUGCCCGUCUUGGGAUCACAAUGAAGGCCAAGCUUGCUCGGCUAGAGGCCCAGGAGCAGGCCUUCCUGGCUCGUCUCAAAGGCCAGGACCCAGGGCCCUCCCCACCCCAGAAUGAGAGCAAGCCCUCCAAAAAAAAGAAAAAGAAAGGGAAGCAGAAAGAGGAGAAAGAAGCUAGAGCAACGGAAAAGAAUCAGGAGCACCUAGAUGAUGAGCACCUAGAAUUCACUAACCAGAGCAUCGGGAAAAGCAAGAAGAAAAGGCACCAUAAAGAAGAAAAGGUCAUAGGUGGGAGAGAGGGAACAACUGUAGGGAGAGAGGAGGAAGGGGCUACAGGGCUUGGGGACCUGAAGAGCAGAGCACACCCUGGUCAGCCUCCCCAGAAGAAGAAGAAAAAGAAGAGGCAGCAUCACAAAGAGGAAGAGGAAGAGACAGGGGUCUUGGGUAAGGGGCAAAGAGGGAAGGAGGCAGUGGUGGGUAUCAGGGAAAAGGUGGAGAGCAGGGCAUGCACAGACCCGUGCAGAAGCAAGAAGAGACAGCAGCGUGAAGAGGAUUUGAACACAGAGGAUGAAGGCCAGGAGACAGCUUUAGGCAGUGAGACUAGGAAAGCAGGAAGGGGAACACACAGUGAGGGAAGCAGCAAGAGAAGCAAGCAGAAGAGACAGCAGCGUCAGGAGAAAGAGGCCUUGGGUGUACAUGAUGACAAUGAGGUCGGUGCGACUAGGGAAACAGAGAGCAGAGAGGAGAAAAGGAGGCGGCAGCACCCAGAGUGGGAGAGGGCCAAGAAGAAACAGCAGAGACACUGAACCUCUAGUCAAGGUGGGGCUCGGCUGAUUCCCUUCCAGCUGCGGCCUUGAGACCCGCCUUGCUGCAGGACUUGUGCACCUCCAUGGGGUCCCUGCAGAGGAGGAAACAGCUCUCCCGCAGCAGCAUGUGGUGCUAAGCCUUAGCUGAGGCCGUGGAUGUAGAGCCCUCUGCAGCUCCAAACCCAGAGACCAGUAUUUCAAGCGCUUCCAGGAGCCAGGCAGCUUGGGGACAAGGAGUGCUGAGGACCGAGAAGAGGAAUGCAUGGAGGGAGCCUCCUGCUAAGAGGCUGAAAAGGUAGAUUUAUGGCAGUGUCUUGACUUUUACAUAUUGUGACGCUAAGAACAACAUAAAAUUUAGGUUUGUGGGCUAGAUUCA